AUGCUCCUUGCUGUUGGCCUGGUCUGCUCUGUCCUGACAGUCAUGGUGUAUUUUCAGCCUCCAUCCAAGGUUUGCCAAUCUACGACCGUUGAAGUGUACCCUCGGGAAUUUGUGAAUCCAAAUGAAAAGCCCAUAGUCCUGCUGUGGUUUUGGCCUAUUGGUGUGAAGUUUGAUCUCAAAACUUGUGCUACACACUUCAACGUCACCAGCUGUGUUCUGACAGCUGACAGAACCCUCUACAGCAAAGCUCAGGGAGUCAUUUUCUACCAUAAAAACGUAGACAGGAAUCUGCAGAACAUGCCCAAGGGUCCACGUCCUCCUUUUCAGAAGUGGAUUUGGUUCAACGUGGAAUCUCCAAGGAACACAUGGAGGAUAGAGAAAACGGACAGUAUAUUCAACCUGACGUUGAGCUACACAAGAGAUGCUGACAUUGUGGUGAGGAAUGAAGUCACCAUCAGAGACACUGAAAACACAGAGCCCAUUGUUCUACCCAAGAAGGACAAGCUGGUUUGUUGGAUUGUCAGCAACAGUAAUCCAUCAACAGGAACAUCAACAAGAGAAAAAUACUAUAAGGAAUUGUCCAAGCACAUACCUAUCAACCUUUAUGGUGGCGCUUAUUCAGGGCACUGGUUGGGUUAUGACCAGUAUUAUCCCACCAUUGGUAGCUGUAAGUUUUACCUCUCCUUUGAGAACUCGCUCCACAAAGACUACAUCACUGAGAAGAUCAACGGGCCCCUCGUGGCAGGGACUAUCCCUGUAGUUUUGGGUCCUCCAAGAGCAAACUAUGAACAGUUUUAUCCCUCUGAUGCCUUCAUUCAUGUGAAUGAUUUCCCCGAUCAUAAAGCUCUGGCUGAGUUUCUCCUCCGUCUGGACAAAAACGAUACAGAGUACAUGCGUUACUUUGAGUGGAGGAAGUACUACUCCGUCACCCCUCACCUCCUCUCAACCCAGAAUGAAUUCAUUCAUCCCGUCUGCCUCGCCUGUGAGCACAUUUCAAGAGACCGAAAUUUCCAUGUGGUUACUGAACUUUAUAAAUGGUACUUUACACAAAAUAGUAAAUAA